UGGCUUCUUCUUCUUGUCUGUGAGAAAAAGCUAAGCAAAAAAAAAAACUAAAAUAUGGCUUCUUGGAAUUCAGCUCCACUCCAUGUCUCCUAUGAAGUUCUGGGUUGGUUUGCUUUCGCUGCUUGGUCUAUCAGUUUCUACCCACAAGUCAUCUUGAACUUUCGCAGAAAAAGUGUGGUGGGGCUGAACUUUGAUUUCGUGGUCCUGAAUUUGACUAAGCACACCUCCUAUCUCAUAUACAAUGCAUCUCUGUACUUCAGCUCUGCCAUUCAGAAGCAAUACAGAGACAAAUACGGUCAGAAAGAGAUGAUACCUGUGGCAGCAAAUGAUGUUGCUUUUUCAGUCCACGCUGUGUUGUUGACAGCAAUUUCCUUGUUCCAGAUCGCAAUCUAUGACAGGGGAAGUCAGAAAAUUUCUAAAGUCGCUUAUGGGAUCCUCCUUCUUGUGUGGUUGACGGCUGCAGUGUGUUUCUUUAUAGCAUUGCACAAUCAUCGCUGGCUCUGGCUGCUCUCAGUCUUCACUGGUAUCCAAGUUUGUAUGACAGUUAUAAAAUAUAUUCCCCAGGCAGUGAUGAACUUUAUGAGAAAAAGUACAGAAGGAUGGAGCAUUGUUAACAUUCUACUGGACUUUUCUGGCUCGAUAGCUAACUAUGCACAAAUGUCUAUGCAAUCAAUCGAUCAAGAUUCUUGGGUGAACUUUUAUGGAAACAUAGGAAAACUACUGUUAUCCUUGGUGUCUCUAUUCUUUGACAUCCUCUUCAUGAUCCAACAUUAUCUGCUAUAUCCAACGAAAGAAUGCAAAUCAGAGCCAACCCCUGAACCUGAUAAUGUAAGUCUACCGAGGCAAUUGUUUGAGGAUGUCUAAGAUGUAACUUGUUUAUAAUC